UUGUUGAUGCCACUCUGCUCUCUCGUUAUUCUUUUUCAACCGCAUUUUAAGUGCAGUAGUUUUUUUUUUCUUCCUUUGCAGGGUUGGUAUCAGGUUACUGUAAUUUCAUCGCUUGUAUAUUUCACUUUGUUGGCUCUGUACCCUAUUUUUGCUGUGAAAUUUGGUGGAAAUCAAACCGAUACAAGAGACAUUGGGGGACGUGUCCCCUUUGGACACCUGGCACGUCUGACAUUCUGGCAAAAUCUUGAUGGCUGUUCAGGUCCCAGUGGGUGGGGUCCCGUCUCGGACCUGGAGGUCCCCGCGGCUCCUGAAAUGGGUCCACGUGUGUCAGUCAAGCUCGGCCAGACAGAUGGUCAGCUGUCUUGUCUCUCUGCAGGACCUGAGCGGGGCAUGACCAAGGAGGACGUCCCCGAGUCCUCGGGGGGGGACCCUGUCCUAGGGAAACGCUGGAGCACAGACCCAGAGAGACCCGUCGUCCACCACGUGGCGUCUGCCCCCAUGCCCUCGGACUGUGAGUUCUCCUUCUUCGACCCAAACGAGCCGCAGUGCCGCGCCAUCCUGACGGACCCCCGGACCACCGUGCCGGAGCUGUUUGCCGUGCUGAGGCAGUGGGUUCCCCAGGUUCAGAGGAACAUCAGCCUCAUCGGGAAUGAGAUCCUCAAGCGUGGAUGUGGCGUCAAUGACCGCGAUGGCCUGACAGACAUGAGCCUCCUCCACUACUGCUGCAAGGCAGGAGCUCCUGGGAUUGGUGAUGCGGAGGCAGCGGCAUGCUUCGCGCGGCAACUAUUGUCUAUGGGGGCGGAGCCGAGCCUGCGCAGCCGUUGGACCAACAUGAGCGCUCUGCACUACGCAGCCUACUUCGACGUGCCGCAGCUCAUCCGCGUAGUGCUGCAGGCUGCGCAGCCGGGUGAGGUGGACGCCACCUGCAGCGACUUUGACUUUGGCACCGCCCUUCACAUCGCCGCCUCCAACCUGUGUGUCGCCGCCGUCAAGUGUCUGCUGGAGCUGGGUGCGAACCCCGCGUUCAGGAACGAGAAGGGUCAGUGCCCAGCCGACGUGGUGCCCGAGCCCCUGGACAUGCCCCUGGAGAUGGCGGACGCGGCUGCGCAGGCCAAGGAGUUGCGUUCCCUCCUUCGGGAGGUGCUGCCUCAACCCUGCACUCCCGCCCCGCCCCGCCCCCCCGGGCUCCUGUCCGAGAAGGCCCGAGCGCAGCUGCUCAGCAUGGGCAUCCGGCUGGGAGACCGCGUGGUCAUCGCCGGCCAGAAGGUGGGCACCCUGCGGUUCUGCGGCAGCACGGACUUUGCUGGCGGCCUCUGGGCCGGGGUGGAGCUGGAUGAGGCCGAGGGGAAGAACGAUGGCUCCGUGGCGGGGGUUCAGUACUUCGCCUGCCCGGUCAGACACGGGAUUUUUGCCCCACUGUCAAAAAUCGCCAAGCCACCGGAGAAGCGCCGACACGCCCCCCUGAGGAGGUCCACCCCGGUGCGGCCCGUCCGCCUCGACUUGUCCCACGUGACCUCCAAGAUCAACGCAGGCGGUACGACCACGAAAAAAGCACCAGUAAAGCCAACAGCGUCUCCAGGCUGCACGGACGGCGCCGACGACCCCCCGGUGGCAGAGACAGGUGCUCUGUCUCUCAGCUGCUCUUCCUCGUCCUCCUCUCUGGACUCCAGACACGGCCCCCCCUCCAGGCCUCGGCCAUUUCCCCGGCAACGACCCCCCGCCCGGUCGCGCAAAGAGCGCGCCCCGGCCAACUCGAAAAAUACACCCCCACCCCCCCUCACCUCAACUGCAGGCCCUCCCAGGACCCGGACCCCCUCGGCGAGUAGCUCUGUGUGCGAGGGCCCCCCGCUGCGGCUGGGGGAGCGCGUGCUGGUCGUCGGGCAGCGAACGGGCAUCGUGCGCUUCUAUGGCAAGACCAGCUUUGCCCCAGGUAUCUGGCUGGGCAUCGAGCUGGACAAGCCCAGUGGGAAGAACGAUGGCUCUGUGGGAGGGAUCCAGUAUUUCAGCUGUCCCCCCAAACACGGUGUGUUCGCCCCCCCCUCGCGGGUGCAGAGGAUCCACGGCUCCGUGGACUGCCUGUCCGAGCUGUCCUCCUCCCGACUCAACAGAUCAUUCAACGGCAUCCGACGAAGUUUUAGCACCUCAUCGUCCCUCUCCACGCAAAAGGAGCAAAACCGCAGGAGUCCAGACAACAGGACACGGACGAGCACGCCGAGGCGCCGGUGGAGCACGACGGGUACCGGGGGGGCCCCCGGCCCGUCAGGCGCGGACGGCAGCGUCCGCCUGCAGCCGGGCACGCAGGUCCUCCUGGGCGGCGCCAACGAGAUGGCGGUCGUCCGCUACGUGGGCACGACCGACUUUGCGCCGGGGCUCUGGUUGGGCCUGGAGCUGCGCGGCCCCAAGGGCAAGAACGAUGGCGCCGUCGGGGGGCGCCGCUACUUCAGCUGUCGGCCGGGCCACGGGGUCCUGGUGCGGCCCGGCAGGGUCACCUACCGGGGAAUCAACGGGGCGAAACUGGUGGAUGAGCUCAGCUGAGAGUGGGGGGGGGGGGCUAAGAAAUCCCGAUUUUUCUAACCCGUCGCACAAUAGGGGACGAGUUUGCGAAGCGUAGCAGUCGACUGCACACUAGUGAUUUAAUUUGUUAAGUACAUUUUAUUAGCAUUUGUCGCUGAUAGGAGUAAGAGUGUCAGAUAUUGUGUUCGCUAAUAGUGCGGCGAGACACCGCGGUACCGGGGAUUUAACUCGCUGCGAGCCUCCGGCAAAAAAAAA